AAUCCAAUUUAAUUUUUCAAACGACUGAAUUUCGUAGAGAGAGAGAGAGAGAGAGAGAGAGAGUGGUGGCUUAGUUUCCAGAUCCGGCGAUGAAGGCGGCCUUCAACUCCGUGCACGGCCGGCAGGCGGCGGUGGCGGCGGACCGGAAGUGGAUCGCCCCGCUGGCCAUUGGCGCCACCGUCUCCCUGGUGCUUCUCCUCUUCCUCACCACACUCUCCUCCCCGGACUUCCCGCUCGCCCUCCUCCCCCUCUCGCUCCUCCCCUCCGCUCUACUCUCCCACCCAUCUAACCCUUUCGCCGCCCUCUACGCCCCCGUGUUUGUCGAGUCCAAGCUCCGUCCCGCCCCUCCCGCGUCCCUCCUUGGCAACGACCGGCCACCGCCCCGCCUCGCAUACCUUAUCUCUGGCACCGUCGGCGACGGAAACAUGAUCAGACGCGUCCUCCUCGCCCUCUACCACCCCGCCAAUCGCUACGUGGUCCACCUCGAUCUGGAGGCUUCCGCCGAGGAACGCGAUAAAUUAAGGGAUUACGUUGCUAGCCAUCCGCUCUUUGCAUCCGUGGGGAACGUCAGGAUGAUCACAAAGGCCAAUCUUGUCACGUACCGGGGGCCGACCAUGGUGGCGAAUACUCUCCAUGCCGCGGCUAUAUUGCUAAAGGAGGGUGGGGAUUGGGAUUGGUUCAUCAAUCUCAGUGCUUCAGAUUACCCCCUUGUCACCCAGGAUGAUCUGUUGCAUACAUUUUCAUAUUUGCCGAGGGAUCUCAACUUCAUCGAUCAUACAAGUAACAUUGGGUGGAAGGAGUUCCAGAGGGCGAAACCAGUAAUUAUAGAUCCAGGGUUGUAUUUGACUAAGAAAGCUGAUGUCUUUUGGAUUCCACAGAGGAGGAGUGUGCCCACUGCCUUCAAACUAUUCACAGGUUCGGCAUGGAUGGCUCUCUCCCAUUCUUUCAUUGACUAUUGCAUAUGGGGCUGGGACAACCUUCCACGAACUGUCUUCAUGUACUAUGCCAACUUCAUCUCCUCACCAGAAGGUUACUUCCAUACUGUCAUAUGCAAUGCACAAGAAUUUCGCAAUACCACUGUCAACCAUGACCUCCACUUCAUUUCAUGGGACAAUCCACCGAAGCAGCACCCACACUACCUCAACCUUAAUGACAUGGCACGCUCGGUAGCUAGCAAUGCGCCAUUUGCACGCAAGUUCCGGAGGGAUCAUCCUAUACUCGACAAGAUAGACACUGAGCUCUUACUUCGUAGGCCCAACAUGAUCGUUCCAGGAGGCUGGUGUGCAGGCAGUGGAGAAAACGGCAGUGACCCUUGCAUGGUUGUGGGAAAUACAACCUUUCUUCGACCCGGUCCUGGUGCAACCAGGCUGGAGCAACUUAUGCAGUCACUUCUAUCGAACGAAAAGUUCCACCCAAGGCAGUGCAAGUAAUCACAUUGAAGUCGUUUCUAGUUAACCAAAAGUGUACCUCGUUCAAUCCAAUUUGUAGGUUGUAAAAUUUAAUGUACGCACAUUGGUUAGCUCCAUCUCAAAGUAUAGAAGUUUGUUUCUAUGUUUACAUCACAUCCAGAAGCGUCCACGUAGGAUUGCAUCAAAUGUCACUGGAUUUGGGUGUAGCCUUCAUGUUUGAGUCUCACAUUAGACUAUAGCACUUCACUCUGUGUUCUUACAUUUUUCAAAUACAGCAGAGGUGGUUUCUUUCACUAA